UCAACGGAAAUGAGUGCGCGCUCUCGCAGAGAAUGGGCAGGGAAUAAACAGCUCAAACACAAACAAACCGGAAUGCCUACGAUUUCCGUGUAACAUUACAACAAUAUAAGGAAGUCCUCUUGACAUCACUUCCUUCCUGCAGCAACUAUGUCGUGCCGGGACAUUCACGCCACAAAUGCUUUCUCCUUCAUCAUUGCCUUCCUCUCGGUGGGAGGCAUCACGGUGGCGGCUCUAAUCCCACAGUGGCGAGUGACACAACUCGUCACCUUCAAUAAGAACGCCAAGAACGUCAGCGUUUACGACGGCCUGUGGGCUAAGUGUGUGAAACAAGAUGGCUACUCCGGCUGCUACUACUAUGACUCUGAGUGGUACUCUAAAGUGGAUCAGCUGGACCUGAGACUACUCCAGUUCUGCCUGCCAACAGCCCUGAUGUUUGGCUGCCUGGCCCUGUUGCUGUGCAUGGCAGGCAUGUGUAAGACCUGCUGCUGCUCUGACAAGCCUGAAGGGGACAUCAAGAGCAUCCGCUUCCUGGUCAACAGCCCUGGCUGCCACCUGGUGGCCGGCAUGUUCCUGUUCCUGGGGGGGGGCAUUUCCAUGGCGCCCUCCGUGUGGUUCCUGUUUCGGACCAAGGAGAUGAACAUCAAGUACGACCACAUCUUCUCAGACGGCUUCGCGGUCUACAUUGCCAUUGGUUGUUCAGGCGGCCUCUUUUUCGCUGCCCUGUUGAUGUUCAUGUGGUACUGCAUGUGUAAAAAGCUGCCCUCUCCCUUCUGGCUGCCUCUACCCACCCUGCCCAACUCCAUCUCCACCCAGCCCCUUACAGCUAACGGAUACCCCUCCCCUGUUUACGCCCCGCCUCAGUCGUUCCCGCAGACGUUCCCUCCACAGAGGUACGCCCCCACCGUGAUGGACGUCCAGGCAUAUGCGCCCCCCCAGGGCUACCCCCAGAGCGUGGCUCCCCCUGCCCAGCCGCCCCAGGUCUACAUGUCCCAGGUGUCAGCCCCUGAUGGCUACGGGUCCGAGGUGGGGGUGAACCAGGCCUACAGCUACGCCCCGUCCCAGAGUUACGCCCCGUCUCAGGUGGGGUACGCCCCGUCUCAGGUGGGCUACGCCCCCAGCUAUUCAGGCCCGCGCUACUCCACACGAUCACGCUUGUCUGGCAUUGAGAUAGACAUCCCUGUCCUAACACAAGGACUCUGAGGAAGGGAGACUGAUGCAGGCUCACACUGAGGCGUCUCCAGCCAUGAAGGACAGUGUCAGUCUGCACUACUAGUUCUACUGUGUCACCCAACCUAACACUGCACUGCUGGAGAAAAUGUAGUAUCAUGAGUUACAUUCAGGCUUCAUGACCGAGAAAAGAAACAUAUUAGUGCCCCCUCAUGAAGUGGGAUCCAGUUGUUUCUAAAUCCAUAGUUGGAUGUCUUGUCUACAUGCAAGGCUGUCUAGUAUCGCCGCACUAAUGUCUGUUGCUUCUGAGAUUUGAACCACUAAAAAAUGAACCAAUCUUUAUGUAGUUAGAUUUUUAAAAGGACACUUACUAAUGUUUUGUAAUUUGCCUACUACCUUGUCUCGUUUGUUAUCAUUGAAAACAUUCACUAAUGGUUGUGCCUUGUUUAGAGGAGCCUUGUUUGUUUAUCCAUUAUCUUGUUUGUUGUGUUAGAUGAUGGGAAUACUUUAACUGGUUAGAGAGGCUUUUCUUAUUAUAGUCCUAUACACAUUUAAUUCUGGCGUUGGAUGCAUUUCAUAUAUUAUUGGAAUGUUAUUCACAUCAUGAUGCCACUGUAACACUGUAUAUCGUGUAGGUAUGUGUAUAUCAGGUGGAGUGGAAAACAGCACAUCUAUGAAGCCAUUGCGAUAGCGCUGAAACAGGCCACACAUUCAAGCUCUGUGCUUGUCUUCUACUAAGACCAUAGGAAAGUAAAUGACCCUCAGGUACAGUACCCCCAACUGUUUGUUUUGGGUUCGAGUGAGGGAGUGUCUACACGGAGCAGUACAAGCGAAAGCUAAACUAGCCUGGUUUCCACCUCAUUUGUCAUCUACCACUACGCUGCAAUAUCAAUUUCCAUUGGCGAUGCUGGAUCUAAGGGGGUCACAAAUUAAUGAAUUGCACUGUGCAUAUUGUUAACACUAUCUGUAGACAACGGUUCCUGUCACAUUCGAUCACUUAUUUUUUUUACCAAGCAAUACAUUUUAGCCCUAAAUUACCUGACAUGCUACCUGUUGCGGUACUGUAUUUAUAGUACAGUCAACGGUGCUUGUCUGGCUGUAAAAUGUCUUUGUUCACUGGGAUUGUUUUCAAUAAAACUUUGUUAAUCGAA